AUAUAAACGGGGCCACCCUGUAGGACGCAGCACAACUCCUGCGCAUCUUUACAACUGAACUGUGACGCUGUCUACAAGUAUCAAGAUGAAAACUCUGUUUGUUUUCGCUGCCUGCAUUCUGCUUGCUCAGGCUCUGACUGACGAACAGAAAGAAAAACUCAAGAAGCACCGCACUGAGUGUCUGUCAGAGACCAAAGUUGACGAGCAGCUGGUCAACAAGCUCAAGGGUGGUGAUUACAAGACGGAGAGUGAGCCUCUGAAGAAAUAUGCUCUCUGCAUGAUGAUGAAGUCAGAACUGAUGACCAAGGAGGGCAAGUUCAAGAAGGAUGUUGCUCUGGCAAAGGUUCCUAACCCAGCUGACAAGCCCACCGUUGAGAAGCUGAUCGAUGCCUGCCUAGCCAACAAGGGCAACACCCCCCACCAAACUGCCUGGAACUACGUCAAGUGUUACCAUGAAAAAGACCCCAAGCAUGCGAUUUUUUUGUAAUUGCAGAACACCAGCUGCCUUCGGAUUCUUCCUAAGAAUAUUCUGUUACAGCCCCCUUCUUUUUUCCUAAACAAUAUUUUCAUAAGUGACUGCAACGCUCAAAGACGUCUUUACACCACCGAAUUCCAGUUGCGACUGAUUUAAAAUUGCUAAUAAUUUUUGUAACUUUUUUAUUGUACCCUCAAAAAUACUUAUUUUAUUAAAAUUUUACUGUUUAGACAUAAUUCGGAUUACAGGGAUCAAUUUUAAUUUGAAUUAAGAAACUGACUUAUAAUGUGACAACUGCC